CGGACAGGUACACACACUAACCAACGCCUUUGCCACUUCCUCGCAACCACACACGUCCUUCAUCCUUCGGGGAGAGAGAGAGAGAGAGAGAGAGAGAGAGAUGGAGUUGGAGAUUUUCAUACUUCUACUGGCUCUGAAGAUGAUGGAGGAAAGCAUGCGGUGCGUUGAACAGUUAAUGAGCAGUCCGUUACAGUUGGGGGGCUUCCACACUCUUUCAACAAGAAGAGUGGACAUGGACUCCAACAUGUUCACGUCAUCACGUAUCGUGAUGUUUGCAUUGCUUGCACAGCUCGCUGACCUGUUGCCAAGAGAGUCUCCGCGGUGGUGGGUUAUGAGGCGUGCUGCGCGAUUUAAGGAAGAUCUAACUGUUCAGGAUGAUGCGAAGGAUGAUUAUUACUUGACAUUGCUGCGUAUGAAGCGCAGCACCUUCAUCCGCUUGUUGGACGCUCUCCGUCCGUACUUGGAGAGGCAGGUGACGAGGUUUAGGAGACCACUUCAUCCUGCACACAUUCUUGCCUACGCUAUCCACAGGUGGGCGAGUGGGGACUGCCAUAGACACAGCAGUUGGGGGUACGGAAUGGGGAAAACCAGCGGUCUGAGAGCAAUGGAGGAUGUCACUGCGGCUCUUAUUGUUGUCUUUCCUAAUGCGACCACGUUUGGGUCAGCCGAUGAUAGGAGGCGUUCUAUGGAUUGGUAUGCUGAGAAGGGUUUCCCCAACUGCUGGGGGUGUGUGGACUGCACACACAUCUAUAUUGAUAAACCCCCAUUGCGUAAUGGAGACCACUUUUGCUCCGGAAGGACGAAACGCUUCUCCAUUGUGGCUCAGAUUGUUUUCGACCAUGAGCUGCGCAUCCUAGACCUCAAUGUAGGUUAUCCUGGUACGGUCCACGAUUCCAGGAUCUUGCGGAACUCAAGCAUGUUCCGCCGUGCCCAAGCAGGGUCCGUGUUUGUGGACGAAGCCCGACAUCCUGCCAUAUCGCAUGUGCAGGGUGUGUCGGGCGGUUACUUGCUGGGUGAUGCAGGGUACCCUGCGCUCCCGUGGCUGGUCACGCCGUACGGGAGAUGGGGUCGCAAUUGUCGGCGUGCGGCUGCAUUUGAUGCGAGGCUGAAGAUAGUGCGCGUUGAUAGUGAACGAGGGAAUGGUGUGCUGAAAGGCCGUUUCCAGAACUUUCAUUGGCCAGGAAAACAUGGCAUAGCAACGCUCCCUCAACAGUUCAGAGCAGUAUGCAUCUUGCACAACAUACUGAUAGAUAUGGGCGAAGAUGUCGACCGUGUUUUUGCCAUGCGUGACCAAGGUGGGGGUAAUGUCCACUAUUGCCCUGCCGCUGUUGCGUACCGCUCAGGAGGUGCAAACAGUGACAGUGCUGCUGCGGGACGGUUGCGAGAUGCUCUUCGAGACCACGUUUGCAGUAACGAGAACUGGUACAGGGAUGAUGCGAACUAGUUGUCCUUUUCGAAUGGUCCAGUCUUUGGGCCUGGAACAGACCCUCCCGUUGGCACAGACCGUUAGUGAGGACACACUGUGCGCUGUUGGGUUUUAUAUUACAAAAAAAAAAACAAACCAAAAAAAAAAAAAAAAAAAAAAAAAAAAAAAAAAAAAAACUCGUCUAAAUACAGCUAAAAUGACCGUACGUUCUAUUCGCGGGAAGACGGGAAAUAGUGCCCACAUGUGACAAUCAAUAAACAGAUGGACGAACUCCGAGUCACAAUCUCGAGGGGACAUCAACAACGACCUUGAUCCAUUAAGCGGCUAUUGGAUCUGCUUCAGUUCGGCCGAAUACGUAUGUGCGUGGGGACAUCGCACGAAGAACAUCAGCCUCCCAGUACAGCAAAGCAGGUGAAGGUGUCUUUUUUUUUUUUUUUUUUUUUUGAAUAACGGGCCCAGUGCGAUCAAUGAACCGCCAAUGAUCAA